AUGCUGCGCCCAGUGCGCAUGCUUACAGCCCUGAGCACGUCACGUAUGUGUACACGCCUCUCACGGAGCGCGGUGGCCACACCGAUGUGGACGGCAGCUCCGGCGCGAUCCCUCCACGUCCGUGCGGCCGUGCCGCUGCAUGCCAAGAGCAUCACGCCUGUGCGCACCGUAGCACGUACGGCUUCGAUGCCUGUCAGGAACAUGCUCCGCCUGUACUCCAAUGCGUCUUUUUCUGGGCCAGAAAAGCUGGUCUUCCCACCCACCACGAGCAAGGUGGUCGCAUACCAUUUGCUUGCGUCGGCAGCCCUAGUCUUCCUUAUUAUUAUUGUUGGCGGUAUUACGCGUCUUACCGAGUCGGGUCUCUCUAUUACGGAGUGGAACCCCGGCUUGAAAGGUAUGCGUCUUCCUCAGACGGACGAAGAGUGGAAUGCGGAAUGGGAUAAGUACAAGCAAUCGCCGGAAUUCAAGAUGCUGAAUUCGAAUAUGACGCUCGAAGAUUUCAAGUCGAUCUUUAUGUGGGAAUGGUCGCACCGUAUUCUUGGUCGGUUUAUUGGUACCUUCUUUGUUCUUCCUGCUGCUCUUUUCUGCCUUCGUCGUGGUAUGGUCACGCCCGACAUCAAGAAGAAGCUGUUGCUCAUUGCUGCUGGUAUUGGUUUCCAAGGUUUCCUUGGCUGGUUCAUGGUGGCAAGUGGUCUGCAGAACCCCUAUGAAAAUGAGCCACUGACAUCGCAGCCUCGCCCCGACUGGACGCCGCGUGUGGAUCAUUUCCGGUUGGCGGCGCAUCUGGGUACGGCGUUUGCUGUGUACAUGGGUAUGGUCUACACGGCCAUUUCGAUCCUGCGCGACAAUGCCGUCGUGAAGCAAAUGAAGGCAUCGCCGGAUCAGCAGGAUGCUAUCGUGUCCAAGUUUUUGAACUCGCUGACCAACCCUGCUGCUCGUAAGUUCCGCAUGGUGGCUAUGGGCAUGCUGGCCCUUGCCUUCACUACGGCGAUGUACGGCGCGUUUGUCGCUGGUCUGGAUGCUGGCUUGGUAUACAGUGAGUUCCCCUUCAUGGGCGAGAAGCGUUUACUACCACCUAAGGACGAGCUGCUGGACCCACGUUACUCAGUGCGUACCUCGGAUGGCAGCACACCAUCCUCCUCGUACAUGGUGAUGGGCAACGUGACACAGAACCCUGUGACGGUGCAGGCGAUUCACCGGUACCUGGGUCUCACGACUUUGACGGCUGCUUUCCUUUUCAUGCGGUACGCAUCGCGCAACAAACUGCAACUUCCGCCUGCCGCGUCUCGGUUUGCCAAGGGCGCGGCGCACAUGUCGGCUACACAGGCUCUUUUGGGUAUUGCGACACUGAUCUAUAUGGUUCCGAUUUCCCUGGCAUCGCUGCACCAGGGUGGUGCCGUGGUUGUUUUGACCAUGCUAACGGGUGUCUUGGCCGUGACACGCAAGCCUAGCCAGGCAAUCAACGCGUUUGGGCAUGCCCGUCGACAAGCCGCAUCUCUUCGUACAUAG